CAACAUUUGGACUACAACACGAGGACUACCAGAUAUGGACUACAACACAUGAACUUCAACAUUUGGACUACAACACGAGGACAACCACAUAUGGACUACCACAUAUUGAUUGCCACACACAUGGACCUAGACUUCCACACAUAGACUACAUCACAUGGACUUACAAACAUGAACUACCACACUUGGACUACCAUACAACCUAUGGACUACCAGACAUGGAUUAUAACAACUGGACUACAACAUAUGGACUACAGCACAGGAAUACAUACAUAGACUGCAUUAUAGUUUUAAUAGAGUUACAUAAAACGCGACGAUUUAAUGUAGCGCAACGUCGAUAUAGAGUGGAAUUGAUUUUGAAAA